UUUUAGGAUUCCUAAAAAGCCAUUUGACAGGUGAUUUUUAUACUUGGAUGAGAAUUGCUAAUCCAGUAGAAGCUCCUAUGCCCGAUACACAAAAAAUGAUUAAUGAGAAAACACAGGUACUGGUUCCGCAAACCGUUGAACCGGUUAGACAGCCAAGAGGCCCCCCAUCAAAUUUAAAAACAGAAAAAGAUUAUAAAAAUUAUUAUGUAGCGAAAAUACUUAAUGAUUUAGGUAUAUAUAGUAAUGAAGAUUUAGAUUCACAUUAUCCUAAAAAACCUUUUCAAAGAACAAACCAAUUCGCUAGAAUGGAUAGAAUAGAAUCAAAAGUAGACGAAAUUGGACAAAUGACAUCUUAA